AUUUUGUUACAACAGUUUACUUUAAAUUUAGCUGUAAAUAAUUAUGGUUAUUGUAAAUGCUAAGGGCUCAAGCAGUUCUAAAUUCUCAAGUUACUUUUAAAUUCUAAUUUCAGUCGUAUCGUAGUAUCGCCACUGUCGCCGUGCUUUGAAGUUGCCAUCGCCGGAUACCGGAAAUCUUCAUCGCGCAUAGUUACAUAAAUUCAGGAGAAUGACCGACAACUCUUGUCAGCUUCCACCCCUGGCAAUAGAUAUCAGUCGCUACAAGGUCCACGUUGUGGGCGACUACGCGACGUGUCAGGAUUUCACGCUUCAACUUAAGCUCCACUGCGAAGAUUACCCGGUUCUGGGAUUCGAUUGUGAAUGGUGGUGUACCAGUAGCAUGGGCAACAACCGAAAGGUAGCCCUAUUGCAACUAGCGUCCGCCGGAGGUCUCUGCAUUCUGGUGCAGAUGACGCGUUUGCACAGUAUACCGCAAGAACUGAGCGAUCUCCUGCACAACGAUCGUAUCCUCAAAGUGGGCAUUGGACCGCUCGCUGAUGGUAUCAAGUUACACCAGGAUUACGGUCUGGCCCUAAGAGGCACAAUGGAUCUGCAAACGCUGGCACAACGGUUGGACGUUCCAGUGCCGUACGGUAUGAAAGCUUUGGCCAAGAGUGUGCUUGGGUUCGAGAUGGACAAAAAGAAAAACGUCAUUUUAUCCAACUGGGAAAGACCUUUGCUAACGAAGAGACAAAUCGAUUACGCUUCGAAGGAUGCCAUUGUGGGAUUGGAGAUUUUCCGGGCGUUCAACCAAAGGAUUCAGUUAUGUGAAAUGGAACCGUUCCGAGACGUUCGUUACCAGAUUCCGAAAGUUCCGAAGCUUAAGAAACCACCACCCCCACCAAAACGGCCCCAGAAAAGACAAAAACCGCAUGCAAAACGGAUGAGGCUAGACGUACGGCAGGCCCAGCAACUGCAGGGACAUCUGUAUACGGAAUUUUGAUGAGGUUGAUGAAGGUAUUUAGGAACUAUGUUCAUUAAGGUAUAAGGUAUGAUGGUUUCUAUGAAUAUCUAUCUUCUAUUUUGUGGGGAAACUGUUUCAACGAAUACUCGUACUCACUGCCAACUGCGAGCAAUGAGCUUUUGCAAUUAAAUUCGAAUUGUUAUUUUAAUUUUUAGUGUAGUAUUUAAAAGAGAUAAGUAUUAAGAUGAAAUAUAAAAGAAUUUAUUGUUGAAAA